GAGGUGUCCGCGGGCAGCUGCGCCCCCAGCUCAGGCCCUGUCCGUCCCCUGCAGAGCUGGCCAGGAUGUACAAAAACGAGGGGAACGAGUACUUCAGGGAGCGGGACUACGGGAGAGCCAUCGCCGCCUACACCGAGGGGCUGAAGAAGGAAUGCGGGGACCCGGAGCUGGGCGCCGUGCUGCACACAAACCGGGGCGCUGCAAACUUCCACCUCGGUAACUACCGUUCUGCUCUCAAUGAUGCCAUCCAAGCGAAAAAGCUCAAGCCCACCCAUCUCAAAGCAAUCAUAAGAGGAGCUCUCUGUCACAUGGAGCUGAAGAAUUUCUCUGAAGCCAUAGCAUGGUGUGAGGAGGGCUUGCGGAUAGAUUCAAAAGAGAAAAAGCUUGUGGAAAUGAGAGCUAAAGCUGACAAAUUAAAGCGAGCUGAGGAGCGGGAUGCAAGGAAAGCAAAGGCGAUGGAGAAGAGAGAGCAGUGUCAAAAGGAAGUUUUGCUUGCAGCAAUAAAGGAAAGAAAUAUCAAGCUGGUUCUUGAGCCUUCAAAUGAAGAAGAGGAAGUAUCAGAUGGCCUGGCUGAGAUAUCCUUAGACGGGUUCCACUCUGACAAUGCCACGGGGGCAAAGGUGCACUUGGAUGCUGAUGGCAGCCUGCACUGGCCUGUCCUCUUUCUGUACCCUGAGCACGAGCAGACAGACUUCAUUGCGGCUUUUCAUGAGAACUCCAGGUUUAUUGAUCAUUUAAUGGUGAUGUUUGCUGAGUUACCUCCGUGGGAUUUGGAAAGAAAAUACCUUCCCAGCAACCUUGAG